UUCUCUCAAAUCCUUACCAUUAUCAAGAAAAAAAACGAAACACAAUGGUUGAGAUGUCUUCGUUGAAAUCAGAACAACAAUUACUCCCACAUUCCACCCAUGUCCACCCGUUAACGAAGGUUGAUGACUUUGGCGGGUUCAUAUGCAAUGGCUGCAACACUUACGGCUUUGGGAAGACCUAUCGUUGCGCCUCUUGCAACUACGAUCUUCACGAGCUCUGUGCCACUUGUCCCCCUACCCUCAAAUGCUUUCUGCAUCCAGAGCACGAGCUCAAGUUAGUCUUUAAAGAACCAGCAAAGACGGACCAGGACAGACGUAGGUGCAACAUCUGCCUUGAAUUAGCCGAGGGACUCUAUUACCAGUGCGAGGCUUGCGGCUUCGACAUGCAUCCAAUUUGCUCACAGCUGCCCGAGAAAGUGAGCCAUGUGCCUCACCCGGCUCAUCACUUAGAGCUGAGUGACCAUGGAGCAAGCAACAUCUGCAUCGUCUGCCACGGUGAGAUCCACUCUUGGCGGUACAAGUGUGGUCCAUGCCGGUUAGAUGUUCACAUGGAGUGCGUUAAUUCGUCUGCAUCAGCACCGAAGGCAACUCAGCAAAAGAGUUUGGGGCCGCAACCGCUCCCUCAGCCAUAUCAGUACCAUCAACCGGAACCAUAUUUUCACCCUUCUCAGUAUCAGCAACCACCACCACAAACUUAUUUUCACCCUUCUCAGUACCAGCAACCACCACCACAAACUUAUUUUCACCCUUCUCAGUACCAGCAACCACCACCACAAACUUAUUUUCACCCUUCUCAGUACCAGCAACCACCACCACAAACUUAUUUUCACCCUUCUCAGUACCAGCAACCACCACCACAAACUUAUUUUCACCCUUCUCAGUACCAGCAACCACCACCACAAACUUAUUUUCACCCUUCUCAGUACCAGCAACCACCACCACAAACUUAUUUUCACCCUUCUCAGUAUCAGCAACCACCACCACAAACUUAUUUUCACCCUUCUCAGUACCAGCAACCACCACCACAAACUUAUUUUCACCUUUCUCAGUAUCAGCAACCGCCACCACAAACUUAUUUUCAUCCUUAUCAGCAACCGCAACCAUAUUUUCAGCCUUCUCAGUGUCAGCAACCUUGUCACAAUCAAGGCUGGGGAUGCACAAAUCAAGGUCAGCAACAGGGUCAACAGCCUGGUCGGAGUACAGGAAAGAAAAUGUUUGGCAUUCUCAUGGCUUUAACGGUUGGUGUUGUCUCCAAUGAGAUGUCUGAUACGGUUUACGAAGCCAUUACUGGUUCUUUUUGA